ACAGGUUUCCUGUGGUAGUAUUCCUUAUUUUUGGGGGGAGGGAGGGUAAGGCAUAAAAGUCAAAUUUCAAAAUGGCGGCAGGAUUUCUUUCUUCUUUGAGCAGAACACAACGACGAUUUCUUCGGUUUGGCGUGCCAAUGCUGGUUCUUGUAGUUGGUGGAUCUCUUGGGCUAAAGGAAUUCACAGAUAUCAAAAUAAAAAGGAGAGACACAAAGUUCCAAAAGCUCACAAAGGAGGAGGCACUGAAGGUUUUACCAAAGCGAGAGAAGCAAAUUACUCUUGAAGAUGCCUACACAGAAAUAGCCAAAGAGGUUGACAUUGAUCGGUGGGAGAACAAACGGGGACCAAGACCCUGGGAGGAAAGCAAAUAACAACAACUUAUACUCUUGGAUGUAUAGCUGCAGGCCUUGAUGACAGGCAACAUAAAGUACUAUAGUAAUUCAGCUUUCUGGCCCUAUUUCUGAGCUGGUGUUUAGGAAGAGCUGAUUGCAGGCAAAGUAACACAGCCAUAAAACAGUAAUGGCACUUGAGGUACUAGAAGUAUGUGACAUGAUGAAGAGCUAGUAUCUGAAAAAGGCAUUUGGAGCGAUAAUUUUGAACUUCUUGAGUUGAAUACCUUGAGGUACAGUAUAAAAUGUUAUUAAAUGGAAAUAAAGAGUAACUUUGAAAAUAAAAAUAUUUUUAAUACAAUUUAAACUAUGUAUGAACAAUACAGGGAUUUUUUUAAAGAUUCCUUCGUAAUGAAAGUUGUGUAAAGUAGUCAAAAAUCAUGUUUUAUAGAUAUUUUGUUCCUACAGUAGUUUAAUUUUACUUAGUCUUUCUGUGUAGAUCCAGUGCACUAAAGGGACAAGGUGGUGUGACAUAUGAAGCGUGACGGAAGAAUUGAAAGUAGCUAAACAGCUUAGUAUAAAAACUUUCGACUGAGUUGAACAUCAAGGAGAUAAUUGAUUAACAGAUGUUUAAAGAUAAUUGAUAUAAAAUAUUGGUAGCAACUUAUACUCACAAAAAAUGGUUAUUUAUUGUAAUAAUUCUUUAUCCAUUAUCAUUCAUUUUUACCAAUUAUUAGUUUUUAUGAAGUUUUACCAAUUACAUUGUAAUAAAAGUAUAAUAAUACAAGUCUCACUAAAUCCAGUAAACAUUAUUGUCUUGACAUUUAGAUACUACGUACUGUUUGUAUUUAUAUAAUUCCAUGUAAACUGUAUAAACUGAGGGCACAAAAUAGCCUUCAUGCUUUAAGAAACUAUUACAUAGUGUGUAACCUAUGUCACUUUGGACUACUUGAGAUAUCAAAACAAGAACAAUUAAAACAUGUUCCUUGACGGUUGAUAGAAA